GUGGUGGUGGUGGUAAUGAUGAUGAUGAUGAUGACGAGACAAAGAUGACGAUGCCGGGUCACGGUGCCCCCAGGAGCCACGGACGGACCCCCCGCGGUCCCAGUCUGCGCCCAGUUGCAUCGGUGCGCGUGAGAGACUCGCUGGCGCGCGGGUGGAGGAAACAUCGAGAUCUCACGAGAAAGAAUGAGAUUUGCCCAUUAUUGUUUACAUUGGGGAAAAAUACAAGCAGAACCGAACCGAAUCGAUCCGGAUUGAACUGAGUCGACCGCUGCUGGUUCGUCUCCUCGGGGAGCGUUGAGUCGGACGCGAGCGCCGCCGGGAGGAGAGGUUUGCAAGCGGGCUCCGCUCAUCUCUGCCCUCGGCCUGAGCGAGAGCGCCCGGGACUCGCUCGAUGGGUGAAGAAAGAGCGGCACAUUUGUCAAAGUUGUCCGUUUCGUGAGCCGCCAUUCCCAGAUGAAAGUGGACAGGUGACAGGCGACGCUUCCCUUCGCAGGACCGCGAGACUUCGUUAUCGCAGCUGGGCGCUGUAGAGCCGAGGCCCGCGACGGAGGAGGGUGCGUUGGCUGCCUGCAGGGAGUGCGAGGGCCGCGUGCGGUCGUAGGAAACACCGGGGAUCCACGGGCCUCGUUGCCAAAUCCCUCGGAGCGUCAAAGAUUCCCGGGGGCCGCAGCCUUUCACUAUCGGCCCGUUGGUCACCGAGCUUUGGAGUGGCACAGAGGGCGAAAUAAUAUCAGCCGUAUAGGACCACUUAGGGCGGAUUGUCGAGGAGACCGACACCCCGGGCCCCUGAACGACGCUGCCGCCGCCACAGCAGGAAAUCUACUGGCUGUAUGGAUGAUGGACAAGAAGAUGGAUGUAAAACUUAAUAUUUUCCUAUGUAACAGUGGCUUGCGCUGCGCAGACAUGAUGGAGGAACUGCACAGCUUGGAUCCGCGGCGUCAGGAGCUUCUCGAGGCUCGCUUCACGGGGGUCGGGGUGGCCAAGAGCUCAGGACAUAAUGAUUCAUCCAACCAGAGUCUGUGUAGUGCAGGAUCCCUCAGUGACAAGGAGCUGGAGACUCCUGAGAAGAAGUCCAGUGACCAGAGAGUGAGGAAGCGGAAAGUAGACCCUUUUGACAAUAACCAGGGAAAAGGGGGGACAAGGGGACAUAAAAUUAGCGAUUACUUUGAGUUUGCAGGUGGGAGUGGCCCUGGUACGAGUCCCGGUCGCAGUAUCCCACCAGUGGUGCGCUCCUCGCCUCAACAUUCCCUCUCCACACCUCCAGCCUCGGUGCAACAGGAAAGCCCUUCCUCGACGGGCUCUGCCAACACAGACCACUCUUCUAGCUCCCUGAAGCCCCUCACAGUCCACAGAGCCAUACAGUCUGACCUCACGAUAGAGAAGCUCACUGCCCUGGAGAAUAACAAGAGCUCUGACCUGGAGAAGAAAGAGGGGCGCAUUGAUGACUUACUCCGGGCAAACUGUGACCUGCGGCGGCAACUUGAUGAACAGCAGCGCAUGCUGGAGCGCUACAAAGAACGGUUAAACAAGUGCGUGACCAUGAGUAAGAAGCUCCUCAUUGAGAAGUCGAAACAGGAGAAGAUGGCAUGCCGGGACAAGAGCAUGCAGGACCGACUGCGGCUGGGCCAUUUCACUACCGUGAGGCACGGAGCCUCCUUUACCGAACAGUGGACCGAUGGCUAUGCCUUCCAGAACCUGAUCAAGCAGCAGGAAAGGAUCAACUCCCAACGGGAGGACAUCGAAAGGCAGCGGAAGCUACUGGGCAAGCGGAAGCCGCCUGCCAUGGGCCAAACUCCACCCCCCAGUCUGGAGCAGAACAAGCGCAAGAGCAAGACAAACGGCGCCGAGAGCGAAGCACUGACACUUGCAGAGUAUCAUGAGCAGGAGGAGAUCUUCAAACUGCGGCUUGGCCACCUUAAGAAGGAGGAGGCAGAGAUCCAGGCAGAGCUGGAGAGGCUGGAGCGGGUGCGGAACCUGCACAUCCGGGAGCUGAAGAGGAUACACAAUGAGGACAACUCCCAGUUUAAAGACCAUCCUACGCUGAAUGACCGGUACCUGCUCUUACACCUGUUGGGCCGAGGGGGCUUCAGUGAGGUGUACAAGGCCUUUGACUUGACGGAGCAGAGAUAUGUGGCGGUGAAGAUCCACCAGCUGAACAAGAACUGGCGGGAUGAGAAGAAGGAGAACUACCACAAACAUGCCUGCAGGGAGUACAGGAUCCACAAGGAGCUCGACCAUCCUCGGAUAGUGAAGCUGUACGACUACUUCUCACUUGACACAGACUCGUUCUGCACGGUGCUGGAGUACUGUGAGGGGAACGACCUGGACUUCUACCUGAAGCAGCACAAGCUGAUGUCGGAGAAGGAGGGUCGCUCCAUCAUCAUGCAGAUUGUCAGCGCGCUCAAGUACCUCAACGACAUUCGGCCACCCAUCAUCCACUACGACCUGAAGCCCGGCAACAUCUUGCUGGUGAACGGCACAGCCUGCGGCGAAAUUAAGAUCACAGACUUCGGCCUGUCCAAGAUUAUGGAUGACGACAGUUACAACUCGGUGGAUGGGAUGGAGCUGACGUCUCAAGGAGCAGGGACCUAUUGGUACCUUCCCCCAGAGUGCUUUGUGGUGGGGAAGGAGCCACCCAAGAUCUCCAACAAGGUGGACGUGUGGUCAGUGGGGGUCAUCUUCUACCAAUGUCUGUAUGGCCGCAAGCCGUUUGGGCACAACCAGUCACAGCAGGACAUCCUGCAGGAGAACACCAUCCUGAAGGCCACAGAAGUGCAGUUCCCUCCCAAACCCGUCGUCUCACCUGAAGCAAAGGCCUUCAUCCGACGCUGCUUGGCUUACCGUAAGGAAGACCGCAUCGAUGUGCACCAGUUAGCCAGUGACCCCUACCUGAUGCCCCACAUCCGCAAGUCGGUGGGCAGCACUGGAGCAUCUGGGACAGCUGUGCCCUCCACCUCGAGCUCCUCCAACAGCAGCGCCUCAAACUGAGUCACCUGGCGCCCUGACGCUAUAUUGUGGGGCGAGGGGGAAGCUGCUGCAGUGGCUGCUCCUCUGCCUGCCAGCCCCCUCCCAGCGACACACCCAUUGUGGAGGUUUAGCAUUGGGGAGGGGGGCGGGGGGGAAGGAUUUUUAGCACGGGAAGUAAGGACACAAGAUGACUGUGCCUCUCCAAGCCUUCCCCUCCACCAUUUCUUGCCCCGCCUUCUCCCUUCUUGUGGGUUUAAAGCCCAGGUUGCUUCAGCACAGAAGCGGAUGGCGUGCAACUCGAAGACAUGUUUUAUUGUAUCUUGUUGGUUUUUAUUUUUAAAUGCCUAAAUGAGAAAGAAAUGAGGCGGAAGUCAUUGCUGGUUAGGCACGCUGACAGACGAAUACUUGUUUCAUAGCCACGGUCCCCCCCUCCCGCGCCGUCAAAGCCCGGUGUUGGACUUGUCUGGGUUACGGUUCUGCUCCCCUCCCACGGGCUCUUUGUGGCGGGCCUGCCUUUCCAGCCUCACAUACAGGGGGCAGUGCUCUCUUUGCCCUCUCUCAGUUGACCAAAGUUGAAGACUACCUGUUGGCUGCGCCGUUUUGCUUAGUUCUGAGCUAGCAAUGACGUGACAUGAGGGAGAAGUUGAAGUGUCACCUGUUGCUAGGUUAUCUUUGUACCUUUUUUUUUUUUUUUUUUUUUUUUUUUUUUUUUUAAAAAAAUUCUUUUAACUGACGUCAAACUGGAAAAUUCUACUUUCUUUGAUAGGCCAGUCUUGUUUCCCCCUCCCCACAAGUAUUUAUUUAGUUAUGCAAUUUUUUUUUUUUUUUUUUUUUUUUUUGGAGAAUGUAUGGAUUUGGAAUAUCAAUGUGUACUGUGAGGGGGGAGAUUGGGCCUUUGCAAUGACUUGCAUUAAAAUACUGUUGCUAAUACUUUGUGGUCUGGGUUUUGGGUGCUGUUUUGAACAUGACAGUGGACAUCAGGAAUGGGGAAUUGUUGCAGCGUUUUUCUCAAGUGUCUACAAGGACAUGGCGACACAUCGAGAAUACAGGCACUGCA